CUGUCCGCCGCUGUAUCCUCCGUUGCCAGGGCAGCCGCGUCCUGCCGAUCGCCGAAUCCCGGGCCCGGGUGCAGGCGGAUCAUGUUCGCCUUCGUUCGCUUUUUAGAAGAUAACGUCUGUUACGCGCUGCCAGCGACCCGGGUCCGGGAUUUCCAACCCCGUUCUACACAGGAUUUUGACAACCGGAGAGUGUACGCGGUGUACCGGAGCUUGGAGGAGGAGGCCGGCUUCCCUGUAGCGCCACAGCGAGCGCAGAUCCUAGCACUGGCAGAAAACAAAACUGAUUUGGAAAACCGUGUAAUGCAAAAAAAAAUAAAAAUCCCCAAGCUUUCUCUGAACUACUCAGAAGAGCCUUGGGAAUAUAAAGACUAUGAAGAUGAGGAAGACUCAGAUUUUCGACAUUUUAAGAGAGCAGAUGGAAGAAAGCAAGUGGAAGGAGCUCACAAGAGUAUUGAAGCUGUUGUUGCAAGACUGGAAAAGCAGAGUUUUAUAGGACCAAGUCAUAACACACGUUGUGAUGAGGUUUUUUCAGAACCUUUUCACUCUGUAGGCCAUAUGGACAGGUUAGAAGCAGCAGUGGUUCCAAGAGUUUUAUACGAAGAAUUAUUGAGGAGCUACCAACAGCAGCAACAGGAAAUGAAGCAUAUUCAGCAUGAACUGGAAAGAACUCGGAAACAGCUAGUGCAGCAGGCAAAAAAGCUGAAAGACUAUGGAUCUCUUGUGACAGAAGUGAAGGAACUUCGAGUCCUUAAUAGGAGGCUUCAGGAUGUCUUACUUUUAAGGCUGGGCAGCGGCCCUACAAUUGAACUGCAGAUUGAUAAGUCUGAAUACUGUGAUCCUGAGCCAGAGCCUGAAAUUCAGAAGAUAAGCAACGAAGAGGCAAGCACCUCCUCUUUCUUCUCUACGCCAGCUCCUGUGCUGGAUAAAUAUAUUCUAGAAAAUGGAAAGGUCCACCUUGGCAGCAGUGUGUGGGUGAAUGAAGAAAAAUGGCACCAACUCCAGGCAACACAAGGAGACUCCAAAUAUACCAAGAAUUUGGCUGUAAUGAUUUGGGGCACAGAUGUAUUAAAAAACCGUAGUGUCACUGGUGUGGCAACCAAAAAGAAGAAAGAUGCAAUUCCCAAACCCCCACUCUCACCUCACAAGCUGAGCGUAGUCAGAGAAUGCAUGUAUGAUAGAAUUGCUCGAGAGACGAUGGAUGAAAAUGAAAUUGCACAAAGGCUAUCCAAAGUCAACAAAUACAUCUGUGAAAAAAUAAUGGAUAUCAACAAGUCUUGUAAAAACGAAGAGAGGAGAGAAGCAAAGUAUAAUGUGCAAUAAACGUUGACUAUUUUA